AUGAGGACUUCGUCGUGGCUGGCACAAAUUAUCCCCUUGGUCGAGAUCUGCUCCGCGGCCUCAUCCAAGCGUGGGCUCGUCUUCACGCCCAAUGCCGAGCAUGCUGGGGAUAACAAGCUCUGGGUGCAGUCAGGUAGCGAUCUGACAUGGUACUACAACUACCAGAGCUCGCCAUCACCAGCCUAUUCCAGCCUAUCCCAGGAUCAAUUCGAGUUUAUUCCCAUGAUGUGGGGCAUCGGCUCCGAUCCCAACGACACCAAGUUCCUGACAGACGUGAAGAAGCUCAUUGAUGACGGCACCAAGAUAAAGCACGUCUUGGGGUUCAAUGAACCGGACACAAGCUCUGCAUAUGGAGGCAGCAACAUCAAACCCGCAGAUGCGGCCCUCGCAUGGGUCGCCAACUUUGAACCUCUUGGCAAGAUGGGAGUGAAGCUUGGCCUGCCGGCAUGCACUGGAGGAUGGGACAGCCUGCCUUGGCUCAAGCAGUUCUUGGGCAAUUGCUCCGAGUUGGUUAGCACCGGAAAGGACAAGAAGAACUGCACCUGGGAUUUCCUGCCGGUACACUGGUACGAUAACUUUGCUGGCUUGGCAUCGCACAUUGGCGAACGUGAGGCAACUUGGCCGAAUAAAUCGAUCUGGAUAACAGAAUACGCGUUCGCCCACCAGGAUCUCAAGCCAACCCAAGAGUUCUACAACCAGACUAUUGACUACUUCGACAAGCUCGACAGCAUCGGUCGCUACUCUUACUUUGGUGCAUUCCGCUCCACCAACUCUAAUGUUGGCGCCAAUGCGGCAUUCCUCGAUAAGAGCGGCAAGCUGACAGACAUUGGAUCCUGGUAUCUUGGCUUUGCAGCCACUGGUGUUACUCCGGAGAGCUCCAAGGCUGCAUUGCUGGAACCUACCGUGGGGUCUCUUAUUCUUGGCGUCAUUGCCGGCAUUUUGGUUGGUUCUCUAUAA